CCUGUGAACCCUCAAAUUCCAUAAGACUAAAUCCCCUGUCCUUCUCUCUCUCUCCCUCCCUCUCUCUCUCUCUCUCCGUUUCUCUGUCUCUCUCUCACCCUUUCCACCUUUAGAAAUUUAAUGAAGAAAAGUUAUGAUAUAAUCCACAUCCAUUCCAGAAUCCAAACUGCCAAUUCACCUUCCUUCUCUUCUUCUUCUUCUUCUUCUUUGUGUCUUUGUAUUACUAGUUUAUUCUUCAAACAAAGUUGAGGCUUCUUCUAUUUUCUUAUCAUUUUGUUGGGUAGGCUGUAAAUCUUUAUCCUCCACUCACUUCCCCUUCUCUAUCAUGGCUCAGUGUCUCAACCUCCUAUCUCCAACUUACACAUUCUUCUUCUUUUUUUUAUAACCUCUUCCUUUACCCUCCUUGCACCUUCCUACAGCUUUCUCUUGAUAUCAAUCACUAUAUUUUAAUCCUCCUUCCUCAUCCCGUUGUUGAUAAAAAGUGAAACAAGCUCUCUUCUUGCUUGUAACCAUGGUCUAUAUUUGCUUCACAUGAUACUCUUCUUCUAGCCCACGGUUCAGAAAUCAGAACCCUUUUCAGUUUGAGGGUGGCGUAAGUGUAGGAGGCUUGAUUCUUGGUAGUUUGUCGUUUCAACUUUUGGGUUGUAUUCGUGGUUUGAAAAUAUAAAGCAACUGCUUCUUCUUUUCAGUGGGUUUUUUAGACAACAGAUUAAUUUAGGAGUUUGUAAAGAACAAAAGUUGAAAAAAUGGCAAAGGAUUAUAGUGGCUCACCAAAGCAUCACCAUCUCGAGUCAAGAAGGAAGCGGGUGACAUGGAUUCUCGCUGUCAGUGGACUAUGCAUUUUAUCAUACAUGUUGGGGGCAUGGCAGAGCACCACAACGCCGAUCAACCAAUCGGAAGCAUAUGCCAAAGUCGGUUGCCCCGAUCAAACAUUCCCAUCCACCAACACACAAUCCAAAGCCCAGUCCUCUACACCGACGCGUUCGCUCGACUUCCAGAGCCACCACGGAGUCGAAAUCAACAAUACCAUAGAAGCAGUCACCAAAACGAUCUCUCCCUGCGACAUGUCGUUUAGCGAAUACACUCCCUGUCAAGAUCCGACCAGGGCAAGGAAAUUUGAUCGGACUAUGUUGAAAUACAGAGAGCGCCAUUGUCCUGCAAAGGAAGAACAACUCCUCUGUAUGAUUCCAGCGCCACCGAAGUACAAAACGCCGUUCAAGUGGCCGCAGAGCCGCGAUUAUGCUUGGUAUGAUAAUAUUCCUCAUAGAGAGCUUAGUAUUGAGAAAGCCGUACAGAAUUGGAUUCAGGUUGAAGGCGAUCGUUUCCGAUUUCCUGGCGGCGGCACGAUGUUCCCCCGUGGCGCCGAUGCUUAUAUUGACGACAUUAACGAGCUGAUUCCUCUUACUACAGGGAAGAUUCGGACCGCCAUUGAUACCGGCUGUGGGGUAGCAAGUUGGGGUGCUUAUUUGCUUAAGAGGGACAUCUUGGCCAUGUCCUUUGCCCCAAGGGAUACUCAUGAAGCUCAAGUUCAGUUUGCUCUAGAGCGUGGAGUUCCUGCUAUGAUUGGUAUCAUGGCUUCUCAAAGACUCCCUUACCCGGCUCGUGCUUUUGACAUGGCUCAUUGCUCUCGUUGUUUGAUUCCCUGGGCUAAAAAUGAUGGGUUGUAUUUAAUCGAACUCGAUAGAGUUUUGAGGCCGGGUGGCUAUUGGAUUCUCUCCGGCCCCCCAAUUCGUUGGAAGAAAUAUUGGAGAGGUUGGGAAAGAACACAAGAGGACUUGAAAGAAGAGCAAGACUCCAUUGAAGAAGUUGCAAGGAGACUAUGCUGGAAGAAAGUGAUUGAGAAGAAUGAUCUUGCAAUAUGGCAGAAGCCCCUCAAUCACAUCCAAUGCAUCAAGAACAAGAAAGUGUACAAAACACCCCACAUUUGCAAAUCAGACAAUCCUGAUGCUGGCUGGUACCGAAAUAUGGAAACUUGCAUUACUCCAUUGCCAGAAGUAAACGACUCUGAGGAAGUUGCUGGUGGGGCAGUUGAAAAUUGGCCGGAGCGAGCAUUGGCUGUACCACCUCGAAUCAGUAGAGGAACAAUACCAGGCAUCACCGUGGAAAACUUCGAAGAAGACAACAAACUAUGGAGGGAGAGGAUUACCUAUUACAAAAAGAUGAUCCCAUUAGCACAAGGACGGUACCGAAACAUAAUGGACAUGAAUGCAAAUCUCGGCGGAUUCGCAGCCGCUUUAGUGAAGUUCCCAGUAUGGGUAAUGAACGUUGUCCCCGCAAAUUCAGACCGUGACACUUUGGGAGUAAUAUACGAACGUGGCUUUAUCGGAACAUACCAAGAUUGGUGUGAGGCGUUCUCAACAUACCCGAGAACGUAUGAUCUAAUCCAUGCGAAUGGCAUAUUUAGCAUAUAUCAGGAUAGGUGUGAUAUAACUCAGAUUCUAUUGGAGAUGGAUAGAAUUUUGAGGCCAGAAGGGACAGUAAUUUUUAGGGAUACAGUUGAAGUAUUGGUGAAGAUUCAAACAAUAUCAGAUGGAAUGAGAUGGAAGAGUCAAAUUAUGGAUCAUGAAACUGGGCCAUUUAAUCCUGAGAAGAUUCUUGUGGCUGUUAAAACUUAUUGGACUGGUGAAACCAACCAACAACAAGAGAAACAAGCUUAGUCUAUUUUUUAAAUUAAGAUUAUCAAAGAAAAGAGUUUGUUUUGUUUUUUUUUUUUUUUUCUUUUUCUUUUUCUUUUUUUGAAUUUUACUCUCCACAUUUUUCUCACUUAGGUGUGUGUACUUUUUCUUCUAUUUCCUGUUCCCAUUUUGUAAUUUUCUAAGUAAUUUUUUCAUAUAAAAAUAUUUAUAUCAUUUGGGACA